CAUAGAAUAUAAAAAGAAGCUAUCAGAUAGAUCAUCCUCACAAUCACCAACCUUCGUUUAUUUCCCCAGUAAAAUUAGAAUUAAGAGGCAGAUUUUCAGCAAUAUUUGCUUAUAUGUUGCAUUCUUUGAUAUUUAAAUAAUGGCAGUAACUAAGGAAGGUGGACCAACACACUUCUACGAGGAAAUCGAACCCUUUUGUCGAUGGAGGAGAACGGAAGACGUCGACAUAGUUGAGCUACAUCUUCCUUCAGGUCUGAAGAAAGAGCAUCUUAAAAUACAAAUUAGCAACACCGGUAUACUAACAAUAACAGGAAGCUGUCCUGUGGACAAAACCAAAUCAAUCAAGUUUAGCAAAGAAACAAAAGUUGCAAAAAAUUGUAACAGAAAUGAGAUUCGUGCCAAGUUCUCAAAGGGAGUUUUAUAUGUGACAAUGCCAAAGACAAGCCCCACAGCUUUGUCUCCUUUUCUUGGUUCUAAGGGAAACACAUCAGGAACUCGAGACAGUAAAGCGGAUGAUGAUGGGAGUAAUAUAGAGAAGUGUGGACGUGAAUCUCAUAGUAAAUUUGGCUCAUUGAGGGAAAGACUAUGGAGGAAGCCAAUCAUUGAGGGUGUGGCAGCCGUGGUGGUUGUGGUUGUUGCUGUUGUAGGAGCGGUCAAGGCCUACCAAUGUGUUAUUGCAUCACCUGUUUGAUCAUGUUUCAAUAAUUCUACAUUGUUUCCAAUGGUAUAAUUAAAUAAAUAAAUGCGUUGUUUACUCUACAGAAUGUGUUAUUGCAUCAGCAAUAUUCUUUCAAAAAAAAGUAUCAUCAGCAGUUUAAAAAAAAGUAUCAGCAAUAUUGAUUCA